ACUAAGCCUGGCUGGCAACAACAAGGAUCUAUGGAGAUGAUUGACGAAAGUCGAACUGAAGCUUCAUCUAGUACGGAGGCUUCGUUAGUUCUGGCGAGAUGGCUGCUUUUGGCCAACUGGUACUGCUUCUGGCCUGCUGCCAUGCAGGUCUACCUGCGUGAUUUAUUGGGCUGCCGCGCAUCCAAACACGAAGUACUGCCUUACACCUCUUUUUCUUAG